AUGAGCUGGAUGGCCAUGGCCAAUGUGCUCUCGCUGGACCCCCGAGCCUACAAGGGUUCCCGACAGGCACACGACAAGUUUCAAGGUUUCAACGCCACAGGCCGCAUGAUGCAGCUGGCGGGGCAGUUUGCGCAGCGGCCCUACUUGAUAGUAGGCACAGUUGAGACGCGUCUCAGACGGACAGGCACCUCCGAGCUUGGCCCGUACUUCCUGUUGCACGCCCAGGCUAACGACUCCGGAGUCGAUCACGGCAUCGACCUCACAGUCACGCAGCCAGACCACAACGUGGUGGCAGCAUGCUUAUUUUUCCCACCAUCCAGCUUCGUGCCAACGGCACCGAGGCCCUACAAGGUGCAGCGCGAUCCUGACAUGUACAAGGAUCCAGUGUCCGCCAGGAUGGCAGCAUGGCUGCCGCACAUGAGGAAGCAGCAGAUAGAUGGCUUCGCCACUUUGCGGCAGAAGAAGUGGGCCACUCUGCACUUUGUGGACACGCUUAUUUUCGCGGGCCUCCUCUACAACGCAGGUACAUGGCCCGAGCUCACGGAAGCUCAGCACGCGCACAUCCAGCACCUGAUCAUCAACAAAUAUCGUCAGGUUCUGAGGGCCCCUCAGAAGGACUCCGAAGCCGACACCGACAGUCAGAGCAUCUAUGCAGAUGCUGACAACGACGAGCAGCCAUUCGACGAGAGCGCGUUGUGCGCCGACCUAUGCAAGUUUUAUCUGCCAGAGAUAGAGCAGCUGGCACGCAUAGCGGCCAAUCGCUCCGAGGCGCUGCGCAGGCGCCAGGGCAGGAGGGCCGCGGCCCACAGGCUGCUGGCGGAGACUGGCGGCGAGGACGGGAACGAGCCGGGAGGGCCCAGCAAGGACCCCGCCUUCGACGACGAUCCGCUCACGUUGGAGACGAAUUGUACACGGUGCUGGCACAACGGCCGCGAGGUCGACGUCGGGGCCGAGCUGGAUUCUCUCCUCGUCGGAGCUGUCGAAACGCAAGGGGGUGCGGUGUACAGCUACACGCUCGUAGACACUGCGGUUUUGGCGCGCUUGCUCACAUGCGAGGCGUGGAAGUUGUCUGGCCUAGGGGAGCUGGUCGGCGAUGGCAUGAAUGUGCUGAAGUCAGCUUCAAAAGCGGAGCUCGCGACCUCGGGCGGGAGGGGGAACGACAUCGACCAUUACAUCCAAGAGCUGGAACAGGAGGCGAGGGAUCUCAGGUCGGCCGCGCUCAACCAGCUCAAGCAGAAUGAAGCAACGGACUGGAGCAUAGACGCACAAGUUGCGAUGUUCCAGGUGCAGGAGUGCUCGAAGUCAACGGAGCGGGAGUCGUGCCACGCGGCGGGCGAGAUGUCUCUCAUGGCGGCCAUCCUGAAUCGGAUGCUCAGCGCCGAGCAGGCUUUCCCCGAGAGCGGCAAGGACGGCCCCGGGCACGGGCGGCCCGCCUCUCCGGCGGCGGGAGGGGCGCAGGCUAGCGCGGGCAGCCGUCGAUUUAGCUUCGCGCCCCCCCAGCGCUUGGCGACGUUCGCGAUCGUCGCGAAGGCCCUCAAGGGGGCCCUUGUCAAUUUCGGCUCGAGUCGCGCGCCGAGCCCCCCCGGGCCCGGCAACGCCGGCCUUGGCCGCUGGAAGCGGGAGCGCCGGUGGGUCGCCCCGGUCAGCUGGGCAGACUCGGGGCGCGGCGCGCCCGCGGGUCUGCGAACGCCGUCUAUCGCGCUCACCGCGGGGCGCUGGGCCGCGCCGCCGGGGUGCCGCGAGGUGGACUGGGCGGCGCGCGACGCGGUCAAGCCCCACAGCGACCCGGGUCUGAAGCAGAAUGGGGCGAAGCUCGAGCUGCCCGGCGGAGAAUUUCGGGGGGGCCUGGAGCGCUCGCCGGGGGUCGCGCUCGGCGCGAGCUCCAAGGCGGCGCGGGCGGCGGGGGGGGAGCUGCGCCCUGCGGCCCGGGCCGCAGAAGCGUUGCUCAAGCAGGCGAAGGCAGCCCCCGUCGCAGUGGAGUCGCUCGCGGGGCCCUGGGCCAGGAUCCUCGGCCCCCCGCUGGACGAAGUGCUCGACGAGUUCAUUGUGGCUGUCUCGCCCUCGGCGCCCCGCGGCGCGCGCCUGGGCUCCGAGCGGCGCGAGCGGGCGCCCGUGACUGACGCGGGCUAUCAGCGUUUUGGCACCGCGGCGAGCCGAGCUGACGUCGACGAGGCGAGGGCCCCAUGCGAAGGGGGGCGCGAGCUGGGGCGGUCGACGAGCUCGCGCGAGUCCCAUUCAGAAGCGGAGAAGCGGGAGAUGGAGGCGGAGACCCCGGCAUACCAGCACCUGGCGCUGGGAGAUCAGGGCCCCGGCGCGAAGGACCACGAGUUGGCGGACGAGGGCGCCGACCUAAUGGUGACAGCGGUGAGAGUGGUCAGUAAGUACCUGAAGCGGGGGGAAAAGGUCGGGUGGCGCUGGGCGAAGGUAGCCCGCCCGCACCCAGACGAGCUGCACGAGGGGCACGCGAGGUCGACGGCGCAGAUGGCGCCGCGGUGCGCGAAGCCAGGCGCGGCGCCCAGGACGGAGAGGCCGCUCUUACUGGGUCCGCGGAGUCUCUCGGCGGAGAAGGACGUUCCUGACUCGGCGGCGCGCGAGGACAUCCAGCACCUGGCGGCUGCCAGAACCCGGAGUCGCGACGAGCGCAAGAAUAUCGCUGAGCGCCGCGCGGCGCUCAUGGCGCUGCGUCGGCUGGCUCGGCGCAGGCGAAACUGGGGCGAUAAGGUCGCGAUCGAUGCCGACAGCCUGGUCACCCUGGGAGCGAGCCCCGCUGGCAUCGCGAGCCCCGCCGGCGUGGCAGACGUUCAAGAUGGCCCAAGAAGCGUCGCGGAGUACAGGAGGCAGUGGACCAUCGGCGCGCCGACGCUUGGCCAGAGCCACCUCGGCGCGCCUCGCAGCAUGAAUCGCACCGCGACCAUCGAGAUCGCAGCGAGAUACGGUGCGCUGGAGAUGUUCAAGGUGAAGUCUAGAAUAUCCGCCUUCAAAGGCAAGCUGGAGAAGGUGGCUGCGGACGUGGCGGCCGCCAAGCAGCGUGCUGAGCAGCUGGCAGAGGGGCGCAUGGAAGAGCUGCGUGUGGAGACAGUGGUCUGCAUACGGGACUACAUGGACGCAGAAAAAAAGACAGAGCAGCAGCUGUUCGAAGAGGCCACGAGGCUCACCGAGUCGCCGGCGGACCGUCCGGCGGGCGAGCGAAGACAGCAGCUGGGUCCUCGGGUGCCAGGCGAGGCCGAGAGCGCACGGCGCACCGCCAAGCGCACGUUGCGCGCCGUGGCGGGGACCAGGGGGUACUCCGAGCGGGGUGCCACCACCGCAGAGGUGGAGUCCGAGGAGCAGGAGCGCGCCGAGAAGGCCGAGAGGAGGGAUGCAUCCUCGGGGCACACGCAAGGCAGCGGUCCUGCGGCCUGCCGCGGCGGCUGCGGGGACCGGGCGGGCCGCGACGAGAGGACGCAGCCGCCCCGCACCGAGAAGCCGUCGGCACGGCGGGCGGCCUUCGUGGCGUCGUGCGGCGCGAGGUGCGGCGAUGGCUUCCAGAGGCGCCUUGCGGGAAGUCUCGGCAAGGAGAGAGGGGAGCGCGAGGCGAAUGGUGCGAGCGAUUCGCAAACGCUGCGGCUCAAGCGGGGGCUCAAGCCGACCAUGGCGGCCUUUGACAUCAUCGAGGGACGGCCAGCGGGCCACCCGCGCGGCAAGAGGUCUGCGCUGCACUCAGCUCAUAUGUCUGCCCUGGCCAUGGACCUCGUGGCGGCCGCGCCCGCUGGCCCUACGCUGCUGGGAAACCGCCAGUCCUACGCGACGGAGACCUCCAAGGGCACUGCGCCCACGGUGGUUGAACCCGCGGGCUGCUACGCUGUCGAGUGGGCCCGGGCAGCCAAACGAUUCGCCGAUCUGAACGCCCUGGUCUUCGACGGCGUUGGUGUCGAGCACUGUUUCACAUUCGAGGAGCUGGAGACGAACGCGAACCGUCUGGCAUGGAGCCUGGCCCGCAUGGGCAUCGGCAUGGGGGACCGGGUGGUCACCAUUGCUGAGAACCGCCCCGAGAUGGUGGUGUUGCUCCUGAGCUGCCUCAAGUUAGGCAUCACGUUCGUGCCGCUGGCCACAGACCUGCGCCCCCAGGACUGCAAGAACAUGGUGGCGCGCUACGAGCCGUCGCUCGUCAUCUCCGACCAGCCUCAAUUCGCGGCCAUCGAGCGCACGGGCGGGGGCGAGUACCUCACACUCUUGCUACCGCCGUUCGAGGGGCAGGGGAACCAGCUGAAGGAAAUGAUGGCCGAGGGCAGCGGUGAGCCGCUCCCCGCGCCAGAAGUGCCCGCCAGCGUACCCGCCAUUAUCUUCAGCACAUCGGGCUCCACGGCACUCCCCAAAGGUGUCAUGUACUCCCAUGCCGACCUGGCCGGCCUAGCCGCCUGGGGCGAGGCUAUCAUGGAUGCGAAGCAGGCACGCACGAAGCACCUCAUGUGGGUGUCGAUGCGGGGCGUCUGCGCCACAGUGAUGGUGCUGAAGCACCUGCUGCAGGGGGCCCUCACUGUCAUGGUGGACGCGUACCCCAGCGGGCCUUGCCUCUGGAGCGAGUUGAUCGACAAGCACGCCAUCAACUCGCACAUCUUGUUUGGGGCGGCGAUGAACCAGACGCUGCAGGAGCUCCCGACUCGCACGUUCGAGUCCGUCCGAACCAUCACCUACGGGGGCUCGUGCUUCGCCCCAACGCUCAUCCAGCGCAGCAUGGACCAGUUUCCAAACGCGUGCUUUGGUCAAAUCUAUGGGAUGACCGAGGUGCACCCCAUCAGCAUGCUGGGCUCUGAGUUCCACAGACGCGCGCACGACGCAUCUGUGCUCGACGUGCUGCGGAUGACCAGUGCGGGCAGGAUCGUGAUUCCUGGAAGCGUCUUCAUCGAGGACCUCGAGCGGCCGGGAUCGGGCUUGGCACCCGCCGUGGAGAAGAAUGGCGUUGGCCAGAUAUGCGCCCGGUCCACCGUGACGAUGAUGGGGUACUACGGGAAUCCGGAGAAGACGGCAGAGGCCAUGCCCGACGGCAAGUUCGUCCGGACGGGCGACAUCGGAAGGAUCGACGAGGACGGUUUCCUCUAUAUUGUCGGCCGCAUGAAGGACAUCAUUCCAGCAUACAGGGGUUUCAACGUGGCGCCCCGCGACCUGGAGGAGGUGCUCUACUCGCACCCGAGCGUCGGACAAGCGUCCGUGGUCGGCGUGUGGCACCCGUCGGGCGCGGGCGAGGCGGUGGUGGCGUGGGCGCGGGCGAAGGCUGGGGCCGUGCUGAGCGCGGACGAGCUGCGCGGGCACUUCCGCGAGUCGGGCCUGUCCUCCUGGCAGAUGCCCGACGCCAUCCACGUGUCCCGCAAGGCGCUCCCCACCACUGGCGGCAAGAUCGACGCCAAGGUUCUGCGCGCGGACGCCUUCCGGCGCGCGCAGCUCGCCGCCGAGCUGGCCGCGGCGGGCGCGCGCGCGGCGUCCGGCGCCUGGGACGAGCGCGGGGACGCCAGCGAGCGCGAGGCCCUGGCUGCGGAGCUCUGCGAGGCCAGCUCCGGGCGGCUCUGCCGGGACAAGAUGUCCUCCACCUUCGGGGAGGCAGCGUCGGCACUGGCGACGGGCGGGCGCGAGGCGCUGCUGGCGGCGCUCCGGGCCAUGUCUGGGGAGGAGUACGAGAGUUUCCAGCUGCACGCGCGGGCGUUGCUCGGGAGCUGGGCCGCGGGCAAGGUGGUGCUGGGCUGA